GCUUUCCAGGUAUGUAAGGAAAUAGAUUAAUUUUUAGUUCUAAAAAGUUUUCUCUUUGUUUACAAUUGUUUUAGCAUUAUUGGCCUUGAAUGCCACACAGUUUAAACUUGUUUAUGAUUCUAUUAUGUGGGCAUUAAAACAUACGAUGCGUACCAUAUCAGAAUUGGGCUUAGAAAUUUUACAAAUAAUGCUAAGAAAAUUUCAAACAUGUGAUCCACAAGCAGCGCAAACAUUUUAUCAAAUUUAUUAUCUUGAAACCAUGCAACAUAUUUUUGCUGUUGUUGCCGAAUGUUCACAUACAUCUGGUUUAACGGCUCAUUCACAAAUUUUAGCUAAUCUAUUUGUAAUUGUUGAACAAGGUCUUAUCAAAGUCCCAUUGGCAUCUGAAGUUCAAGAUCCAUCACAAAAUUUACUUUACGUUCAACAGUUUAUGGCUAAUUUACUAAAAACAGCUUUUCCACAUUUACAAGAUAAUCAAAUAAAAGUUAUCAUUGAAGGCUUUGUUACGUUGGAUCAAGAUAUAGCUGGGUUUAAAGAGCAUUUACGUGAUUUUCUUGUUCAAAUACGAGAAGCUACAGGCAACGAUACGGCUGAUUUGUAUUUAGAAGACCGUGAACAAACAUUAAAACGUGCAGCUGAAGAAAAACGUAAAGUACAAAUGAGUGUUCCCGGUAUUCUUAAUCCUCAUGAAAUUCCAGAAGACAUGCAAGAUUAA